UACCAAACCCCAGAUCUGUCCGAAUGUCCGCCUCACACUCCUCUGACGACCCAACUGCAUGCCAGAAGUUCAGGUCCUUUACCACAGCGAAGGAAGUCAACAGGACGCGUUGCAGCGAUCGACACGGCUAUGGAGGUGGGCCGUGCAGCCGCCUUCUAUAACAGUACCAUGUCCUCCUGUUCAAGUUGACUGUGGUGCCAUAGAUGAUUUGCCGACGAUUGGAACUCUGGAAGCAGGGGAUGUUGGGCCAGAGUCACUUACCAUCACCGUUGAUAUCCCGCGGUCAUUGGAUGGGAACCCCUCGUCAGAUAUCAUUAUUCCAACAUGUGCAAACGGCCCGCCUUGCGGCGCGCACGUUGGAUUGCUACUCUUGUCGGGUAACGCAAAAACGAUGCUGAACAGAUCUCAGCACGGUGCCUGCGAUUCAAGUCAGGUUCAAAGUGAUAUUGAUCUGCCACAGUUGGGAUUAAGCCCACUCGUUCAGGGUCCAUCAACCUGCGGCCGUGCGGGCGAUGCUAUUUCAUUGAAAUCGGAACAACGACAAUUAAAAAUAGAACACCAAGCACCUAUAGCGAGUCACCUUCCACAUGGCCGCCCACCAUCAUUGGUUCAAAAUUCUCAAUCUCUUGCGCUACUCUCAAUACCGGAAUUUACAUCCCAAAUAAACUUGGUAGACGCAAGCAACGUGAAGCCUAAUGCUAGGGCUGCACCGGUACCGUCACUGCUUAUUAAUCAGCAAGACCUUAAUUUACUAUCUUUCCCGGACGGUUGCGACCUACCGUCCCUUUUGGAGCGAGCAAGUACCCCAUGCGGGCCUGCAAACGGUAGUCUUCCAACAGAGGACCCCAAUGACUGGCUAGUCAAGCAGAUAGGGGCCUGUACACCUGAGGCUCAUGAACCUCUGGAUGAGCCCAAUGAAGGGGGGAAUACCCACGUCCUAGAUGGGGUUAAGACUCCUAUUUUAAACUGUGAGCCGCCCUCACAACGACACUAUAGAACCAUGAAUGCUUGCGGUAGUGGUCGGUAUUCUCGUGGACGGAAACGACAGCGAGGUAGAGAUCUGACUCCCCCGCGGAUAGACGCGCCCGAUGUGACGCCGACAAGACGCUCGAGUCGGCUAGCAAUGACUCCACUUUCAAGCGGGGAUGCUCGAAAACGGAGACGGAAGGAAGCAAUCCACUUGGCCACCAUGCGACCGCUGAGUGAGUGCCUAGAAAUGACCGCAAACCCAUGGACACCUGAAAGAGAUGAACCAAUCGACGCCCCUACGUUACGGAGAGUCGUAUCGCAACCUAUGCUGGUCAAGCAGAAGUCGGUAUCAGACCGGCGUAGAAGAGCUGUUUCAUUUGACCUUCGCUUUCCACCAAGUCCCCUAAGCGGUCCGAAAUUUCAAGAAAGCUUUCCACCUGAACUUGUAAAGCCUUAUAAUCGCAUAUCCUUACAUUACACACAGGAUGCCACUCAGAUGGUCAAUGAAAUCUCGGCUGUGUAUGAUAGUGAGAAUAUCUCGCCAAGUCCGCAGGGACCUUCGCCGGAAGCGGUCUUUCACAUAUCAUCCCCCUCCCACCGAAUUGUCUCAUCCUGGAGAGACCGUGGUAGCGCAACGGCCCAAAGCCCUUCGCCUCUAGAAGGGUUCGCGGCCAAUGUGUCAACAAAGAAAAAGGACGAGAUAGUCACCCCUUCCAAGCAACCUCAACCGACGUCGGAUGGAAGCGUGGCCAAAUCCUCCCAUGACGGAACGCCAGAGCAACGUUAUGCCAGGAUGCGCAAACGCCAGGGCUUGGGGCCCCUACGGCUUGUCGCCGUCCCCAAUGGCAUUGGCAAUGCGGUUCAACAAUGUGCGACCACAGAGCACGAAGCUUCUCCUACCCAACUUUUAAGUGUGCCAGAUACAGAAUUUCUUCAUCUUGGAGAGGAAGCUGAAGAUGUUCGGAAAUUAGCAGAGUCGGAAUCUAAUGUAUCUGUGGGCCAAACUGGAAGAGGACUUACUUGCCGUGUUGGGAGACAGAGGCCCUUGUCUCGCACGGAAUCGACAGCUGGUCAGGACGAUGUUUUGAGAACGGCGUCUCAGCCUGUUCAAGGGAUACCAACGGUCGGUACUGUGCACAAUGACAGCGAGAAAGCUCUCAAAAGUGUUUCCACGAACUUUGUGACUAUUUUAACAGAGGGAUCGCCUCCCUCAGCCAGAACCGAAAAGUCUGACAAUCGUCCUGCACAGGUUGGGAUAGAUUCUCUGAUAUCUACUCCGUCUCAGCAGCUCAGAUUCCGUUUCCUGGCCUUCUCGGAGGACCCGCUUCGUGGAGAGAAUGGUGAGGCGCAUGAGAUUGAAUCUGAUAGACGAUCUCCUCGGCGCACACCUGGAAAGCGUCCUCGCUACAUACCAUUGCAGCGUGACACUGGUCAAAAAGCUGACACAAGUGAGGAGGAAAAUGUCGGACGCCGAAAACGUCGGAAACUAAAGAUGCCUCUACACGAGCGAUCUUGGGAAGAAUGUGCCACAGUUGCACGGACGGAGAAUGCAAUAAGGAACAGGCAUCGAACCGAAGUCAAUGAAAUUGAAAUGAGCUCGCCAGCACGCGCACAGGUCCCUCCGGUAGUGUCCUCACCUAUACGACCUAUUUCGACGGCCUCCUCUCAAGGGCAUAUAGGGUCAUCUUCUCCUUCCUUCACGCAAAUGCAGCCAAAUACAUCUGAUCGUGUGUGUACUGAAUGUGGGACCACCGUUACAACAGCCUGGCGAAAUGGUCCAAAGGGACAGGCUUCCUUGUGCUGUAAAUGUGGCAAGCGUUGGAAACUUAAGCAAAAGCUCCCGCGGGCGUCCUUGCCGCCUUCUACUCGAGAAGACAACAUGACGCGAGGAUCUACAACUCCAGAAGUGUCGCGCCCCUCGCCAGGAGUAAAGAGCGACGGAUCACAACCGAAACGGGUGAAGAAUCGUCCAGUGUAUUAUGAAUCUGAUAGCCAGAGUUCAUCAGAGUGUGAUGACGACAGGGACCAGGAUUAUGUGGAAAAAUCUGGCGGACGGCGCAAGGGGCAGCCGGUAGCGUCUAGUCGACAAAAAAGCCGAAGUAAGGACUGCGGCAAACCCAACGGCGUGGAAAAUGCCAGAGAAUUUGAGACUGGAGACCGAGUGUGGGCUUUGUGGGAUGAUAAUUUAUUUUAUGCGGCGAUCAUUAACUCGCGGUUUGGUCAGACCACCAAGUACAUGGUCUCUUUUGAAGAUGGGGACGAAGCCUUGGUUGAAUCCCAACAAAUGCGUUUGCUCAAACUCGCUCCUGGCGACAAAUGCCUUGCCCCGUACUCUGCUCACACAUUCCGUGUCGCCCAUGUACUGGAGACAAUACAGGAAUUUCAACUUUUCCAGCUCAGAUUUGAGUCCCAUCCUCGCACCAAAAAGGGUAUGAAGCAGGUCUCACUAUCCAAGAUUGCGAUGAGUGAGCAACUAUUCCGCGAAAAUGAGGAACGUACUAUGAAGAAAAGGGAAGUAGCCGCGGCUCAACCGAUUCAGGAGCUUGUCAAAAUCUUUGGCCCAUUGGCAACCAACACACGCAUAUUUCGUGGAUUUGGGAUAUUGUUGACUGCUACUUUUGGAACGAACGCUGGGCGGGAUGAGCGAUUAUACGUGACGCAACAAAUUGAAGAAGGCGGCGGAAGCGUUUUCGACGACUUCUCUCAAGUGUUCGAGGGGCGGAAGCGAAGAAACUCAAGUCCGCCGAUCAUCCUGUUAGUUGCCUCGAAACCUCUGCGGACAAAGAAAUACCUUUGUGCACUGGGUCUAGGUGUCCCUGUAGUUUCUUACGCAUGGAUUCGCCAUGCAUGUUUAGAGAAUGUCCUCCAAGAAUAUGAGAAGUAUCAGCUGUGCAAUGGGUUUUCCCUGGAGCUGAAUCAUUGGUCAAGUGUUAAAAGUCCCAUGAAUGGCGUCUUCCAUGAUCUUCACAUUUAUGUUUGGGCAGCAAAUGACACCUUUCGCUCUGACUGGCAAGAUAUUCUGACGGCAGGAGGUGCCACGAUUGUUUCAAAGAAGCUGCUCAAACGCAAAUGCCACUACGUGGUUUGCCAGAACAUAAUACCAGAAACAGAAAAAGCAGCCUUCUCGAAAUGGACCGAUGCACCGAUAGUAUCUACUGAGUGGGUGGUGCAAUGUCUGAUAAACCAAAGGAUUAUGAACGCUGAACAUUUUGUUAAUAAUGGGAAUGUAGAAGAUCUGCAGUAAUGACAUCAACAAAUCAAAGUUCAGUACGAGUAUGGCUUUUUUGCAUUGGCACAAAGACUUGGUACUAGGCAGUCAUAGCUGCCUAAAGACUAUAAAUAUCAAAGAAUCGUAUUGUUACGGAAUGGGACCUGCCCAAUACACUAGGAAGACUAUCUGCGC